GCGCAAAUUUCUGCGCACACUGAUAGUUUCGUAUGCAAAUAAGAUGUUGUUAACGCCAUCUUGAAGGAAUUGUUUACCAUCGGGAAAAUCGGAGCAAAUCACAAAAAUUGUGUGCCAUCGAAGGCACAUCUUUAUGAUUAUUUCCCAUUUAAAGCCACAGGAUGUCUACAGAUUCCAAAUUAUCGACGACGGAAAGAGUCGUCAAGAAUGCACCCUUUCCACCAAGCCACAAACUUAUUAUGAGUGAAGUCUUUGGUGCUAAUGGAAAACCUAAACCAGAAGUUUUAAAACAGCACUUUAUUUUGGAGGGUCGUGUGACAGAAGAUGUAGCAUUACGAAUUAUAAAUGAUGGUGCUGCCAUGCUGCGCCAAGAGAAAACCAUGAUUGAGAUAGAGGCUCCUGUUACAGUCUGUGGUGACAUUCAUGGACAGUUUUAUGAUCUAAUGAAACUUUUUGAAGUUGGUGGCACACCAGCAACAACUCGCUACCUCUUUUUAGGAGAUUAUGUAGACCGAGGAUAUUUCAGCAUUGAAUGUGUUCUAUACCUUUGGUCCCUAAAGCUUCUACAUCCAAACACAUUUUUCAUGUUGAGAGGCAAUCAUGAGUGCAGGCACCUUACAGAAUAUUUCACAUUUAAACAAGAGUGUAAAAUAAAGUAUACUGAGAGAGUAUACGAUGCUUGCAUGGAUGCGUUUGACUGUCUGCCACUGGCAGCACUAAUGAAUCAGCAGUUCCUCUGUGUUCAUGGAGGUCUUUCACCAGAAAUCCACACAUUAGAAGAUAUAAGAAAAUUGGACAGGUUCAAGGAGCCUCCUGCAUUUGGCCCCAUGUGUGACCUCUUGUGGUCUGACCCCCUGGAAGACUUUGGAACAGAGAAAACAUCAGAACACUUCACUCAUAAUAGUGUCAGAGGUUGCUCAUAUUUUUACAGCUAUGCAGCAUGUUGUGAUUUUUUGUCACAGAAUAAUUUAUUAUCAAUUAUUAGAGCACAUGAGGCACAAGAUGCUGGAUACCGCAUGUAUAGGAAGAGUCAGACAACAGGUUUUCCAUCACUAAUAACGAUAUUUUCAGCUCCAAAUUACCUAGAUGUUUAUAAUAAUAAAGCUGCCAUAUUAAAGUAUGAAAACAAUGUGAUGAACAUCAGACAGUUCAACUGUUCUCCACAUCCAUAUUGGUUGCCCAACUUCAUGGAUGUGUUCACAUGGUCACUACCAUUUGUUGGUGAAAAAGUGACAGAGAUGCUUGUGAAUGUGUUGAGUAUUUGCUCUGACAACGAGCUGACAACAGAAGAUGAGGAGGAGGAAGAGGAAGGAAGUGAAGGGCCCCGCAUAGCUAAUGUCCGUCACAAACAUGCUGGAAGUCAAGUACUUGUAGUAGACAGAGAGGCAAAUGGAGCUGCUUCAAGAAAGGAGGUGAUCAAGAACAAAAUCAGGGCCAUUGGCAAAAUGGCAAGAGUCUUCACUGUCCUCAGAGAGGAAAGUGAAAGUGUACUACAGCUGAAGGGUCUUACUCCAAAUGGACUUCUUCCCUUGGGAGCACUGUCAGGAGGAAAGGAUACAUUGACAAGUGCUCUUAGCGGUUUCUCACCUUCUCAUAAGAUCAGCGGCUUCGAUGAAGCUAAAUGCUUGGAUAAAAUGAACGAGAGGAUGCCACCACGUAAAGACGCAGUCAACAAUUCUCAUAAAAGCUAAAGCUCUGACAAUGUGAUAUUCUGUUGAGCUGGUCUCUUUUCACAUGUGACCCUGAAACAAACUUAUUACAAUUGUCAGAUCAUGCUGUGUAUGUGGACGCAUAUGCAUCUCUGGCACAAAGCUGGCCCUCCUGACCUUGGCAACAGAUGGAUUCUGUCAAGGUUCAACCCCGAAGAGAGAGCAUGUUCUGGUAUUUUGAUUAUUUGUAGGAAGUGAAAUGAUGUCUGCUGCUAAAUCAGUGGUUGACAUAAACCCUGACUUGUCAUAUCAUAGAAAAUCAUCUAAUGCAUACACUCGUACAAAAUAUAUACGACAACCCUGCGCUUUCUGUCAUUUCCUGACAAAGAUAUCUAGUCAAGUGUGGAGAAGUGUCUCUUCUAAGUCGGAUCAUGAAAACUUGUUUGCAGGAACAAAGAUGGCCAGCUUUUUGCUAGAAGUGCAGUGUGCAUGUGCAGUCUGGUCAGAAAGAACUUCACAUGGAAUGAAGGACGGCACAUUACAAGCCAUUUGAAUAGUUCACUAUCCAGGCUGAUAGCCCACAUAAGGCUAACCAAGGCAUUACCCUCUGUGUCGGACAGUUCCAACUCUGUAAGACAGUCCAGUAGAUUUAGCUGGUACUGUAAUGGAUUUAAGUUCAACAGUAUUUGAGUUGUGAGGACACAUAUGUGAAACAUGGAACUAGGCAAGGAUCAUGUGGCUGUCAGGUCAAUAUUUAAUUGUCAUCGAGGUUACCGAAAAGGCACAGAUGGUGUUGCCUCAAGUUAGAAAAUGAAAGUUCACCUGGAGGAGAUGUGUCAUUGAUUAAAUGGUUAUUAUAGUGGCAAAUAAUGCAUCUGAUGCUGGUGAUUGGGAAAAUAGACCCGAAUGAUAUAUGUACAAUAUAUCGAGAUGAAGAUCUUAAGAUCUGCAUUGUUAUUGAACAAAUAAUAGCUCUCUCUUGAGAUAUUUAUUCAAAGUAAACCUCCACUUGAUAUGGAGGGUAAAUCUGCUUCAUCAGGAUUGUUGUUACUUCUGUUGUUGACUUUCUCAUGUUGAUCCAUGAAAAUGCUGGUGGUGUAUACCCCCUGCCAGUGAUAUACAAAUUUUAAGUUUCCAUAUGAAAUUCUCCUCCCAAUUUAAUAUACUUAUCCUAAUUGUAUAAAAUAUUGUUUUCUAUUCCCAGUGAGUGCUUGAAUUUUUUUUAUAGUAAGAGGUAUCCAUCUUCUAGAAUGUGAUGUUGUCGUCAUAAUUUUCCAUAUAAAGUUACAUUUUAGUUACUUUUCUUUUGUUGUUUAUGUUAUUAAUUUAAAGAUAAUAUAUUUGUGUCUGGGUGUUUUUUGCUUAGGCAAAUUUUGAAGAUAGUAUCUCACAAAUGUUUGUGUGUGUGAACUAAUACAGGGAAUACUUGCAACAAAGUAUUACAUUUGCAGUACACUGUAUGUACAUCUGGUUGGCUUUAGGUACUAGAAAUUUACCAGGGUACGAUAUUUCGAGUUUGUUUCAAACAACCAAUUCUUAUUCCAUUUAUGAAAAAGGACUGUCUGGAAGAAAAUUCAAAACAUGUUCCAUUCAUGAAAAAGUUGUGUCUGGAAGAAAAAACUUUCAGUUAUAUUGGUGUUGGUAAAUGGUAAAAGCUUCAAAUAAACCGGAUGUCUUUCAGGUUUGAAUCUCUUCAAUGACAAUACUGUCAAUCAUGAACAACCUUUGAUUCAUGUCCUUGCUAAUAGUAAAAAUGCUAAUAAAUUUUAACUGAAAACAUCCCCGACAAAUAUUUGUAUAACAGAAGUAUAUGUUGAUGCACCAAUGGACAUCGCUUAUUAAUAAUUUUGAUCUAGUUUUCAUGUGGUCAUAUAAAGUUGCAUUUUGAUUGACAGCUUUGAGCAAUAAGAAAAAAAUUCUAAUUGGUUGAUUGGAUGUUAUUAAGCAAUGGAAGAAUCCUAUAUCUAUUCUGUUUCACAUUGGUGAUAUGCCUUGCUCAAGUUCAGUAAUACUGUAGUGCUUUUAUGACUACUGGUGUACAAUGCCAUUUAUUUUCGCCAUUACUUUAUAUUAAGCCUGUACAUUUGGUACUAUUUAAGAUUAUACAUCUGUAGUGUGCUGUAAAAUUGAACUGUUAAAACUGUGCUAAUUUGAAUGCAGUUGUAACUGCAUUAUUUUAAAACAUUUUCUAAUUCAUUCAAAUCAUUCCCAGAUACAUGAUUUAUAUGAUUUGUCAUCUUUGUGAAAAUUGUUGACUAGAGCAUUGUAUAAUUCUGUAUGUUUAUAAGAAAAAGACUUGGUAUUGUUGGAGGGGAAUACAAAAUUUAAUGGGUACUAAAAAAACCUUGGAUGUUAUUCUUUCCCAAAGAUUGUGAGUCAAAGUACUGAAAUAGAAUGAAUGUUUCCAACAUGUUUGGUGCUAGGUUUAAAAUGCAUGCACAGAAGCAACAGAAUUUCUAUCUUGUUUCUACUUGUUCAGAAAGGUUAUAUUUACAGUCAACUGAGAACAUAUUAGUACAUAAGUGCUGAAAUUCAUUUUAUUUAAAUACCAUAAUGUUCUCUUAAGCAUGACUGAACAAUGAUACAAUACAAAAAACAUUUCUAAUUACCAACUUACUUUGACGCAAUUACAUUUUUGUAUAUGCAAAAUAGCAGUUUGAAAAUCAAAUAAGAAUGUACGCAAUGAGCUUUUGCUUGACAGACAAUGAAACCUAUCUUUGAUCUUUUUUGGUAAUUGCUAACAUCCCAUGUACAUUGUAUAGUAAUACUUAUUUGCUUGAAGCAUACUGGAGAUGAAUGAUGAUAGAAAUGUUGCGUGUGCAAUAACAGUGUUGGUAUUUAUGCUAAAUGUUCUUAAAACAUGAAUAUGAUUUGGAUCCUUGAUCUAGAGUAUAAGGAGUACACAAUGCUUCUGUGUAAGUAUGGCUUUAUAGUAUAGGAAGCAAGUGUUUUAAGAUUUGAGCAAAUCCUACUAUUGUUCUGUUUUCAGUUUAAUAUUUGCUGUCCAUAACAUUCAAGUUCAAUGAAGACUUAACAUUUGCUCUCCUUUUUAAUACUCAUUCUGUAAUGAUGUAAUGCAUAUAUCGCCCAUGUUAUGAACAUAUAAUUAUAAUGAGUAUGUUUUUUAAAAUAAUUAUUGGUCCACCUGAUCAUUCAUUUAUGAAACUAUUUAUUAAAUUUUGUUAAAAAAUCUCUUUUGUUAAUAAUAGACAGUUUACUAGUCUUGGUAUUCAAAAUGUUGUAUUUUCAAAAUGUCAGUCAAGCUCAGAAGUUUUGCUUCAGAUUUACAUUUCGUUUUUAAAUUAAAACUGGUAGAUAAACGAAAAUUUGUUGUUCACUACUAAGCAAUCAGAUGCCAAUGAAAUGGAGACAGCUUUUUGCAUGUGCUUUAGGCUUCAGUCAUUUUGAAAACAAUGAAUAUAAUCAAAGUGUACUAGGCCUAUUGAGAUUUGUAAUGUAAAAUAGAAUGUUUAUGGCAUAUGAAAACAUUUCUUUUUGUAUAUGUGUUGAUGAGUUAAAAUGUUGAUAAAAAAAAACCUUUCAUGUGAACAUGCAUGUAGUAUAAAAUAUGAAAUCCUAUGUUGUACAUGUAUUCGUUUUUUUCUACAUUCUUUGUUUGCUGUCACUGUUGUUUUUAGAACAAGUUUAUGCACCCUUUAAGUACAGUUGCUGGCAUUCCAUAACAGCAACUCGGAGCAUGAGCUAAGAAAAUUGAUCUGUUGAAAUAUCAAAUUGAUGUGUAUCAAGCUGUGAUUAAUAAUAUCAUUUCUAGUGAUAUUUCAAAAUCUAAAAAGUCCCGUCAUUGAUAGUACAUGUGAACAAACUACAUUAUAGAUUUAUUAUAUUGGGGAGUGGUUUAGUUGGGUAUUACAUUAUAUAUUAACAUGGCAUUGGUUUGAUUGAACAAUAGAUGUUAGAAUUCCAAAAUUUAGCAUUUCAAUGACUGUCUAUAAACAUUGAAGUUUGAAUGAAGUGUUUGAUGAUAAAAAGCUGCUUGUGAUGUCUGGUUUUUGUUGUGUUGUCCUGUAAAAGACCCCAUCAAUGUCAGGGAUAUGCUGAUAUGGCACAUGUUGGUAAUUAGAAAAAUCAGUUCUUUGGAAAUAUAAAAGUUGUCUUAAUAACACAGUGAAUGCCAUAUCAUUGUAAAUUACUGGAAACCCCAUGUCUCACUUGAUAGUAUUUUAUGACCCUGAUGAUUAUUUUAACAAGCUGCGAUAGUUGUGUAUGGUGAGCUCUUGCUGUUUUAUGGUAGCAUCUGUUUUGAAUGUGUACAAGAUUAAAAAAAACUGUAUUAACAUAUUUCAAAAUUCUAAUGGGUGUAUGAUGUUGGCGAGAUCCCGGAAUUUAUAUAUAUUUAUGUCAUCUGUUGUUAUGACUUGCACACAGAUGAUAUAUUGUAAAAUGUUGUGAAACCAAAAGUUGCUGUAGUUGCAACCGAUAGAUUUUUUUUUCUUAUCAAUUCAUAUACUACUAAUAACAAAAAAAAUGUUGACAUUGUACACUCAAUUUAUAGUUAGAUUACGUAUUUAAACAUUUCUUUAUUGACUGAUUGGGAGAAAGAAACCAGGCAGUGAAUGAAGAAAUAUUUUUCUGCAUUCUCACAAUUUUGGCAGUUUUAGGUGUUGUUCCAAUUUAAGGUCUUGUGCUUGAGUCGAGACUCUUAUAUUGCCCUUCACAUAAUUUUCUCUACCACCAAGAUCUUUUUUAUACUUAAUAAAUAUUUACAGUGUUACCAUUAUUA